GGGAGGAAGGUUAGUGAUGCAGACACCAGGAAGAGAGAUAUUGACCCAGAUGUCUACUGGUAUUGAGCAUAGCAACGGAGAGAAGAGUGAACCACCAGGGGCCGUUGACUCCAUGGACGCUGAGAUGCCACCGGCUGCUUCUCAGCUCACAGACGGCUCACAGGCUCUUCCUCAGAAGGUCAGUACAGCUGAUGCUGAUGCAAACCAUAUGAAAGAGGGGCUUCUGAUUGGGUCAGAAGGACGUUCUGUGGAAACCCUUACUUUUGAGGAUGUCCAAACCAUCACUGAGGAGCCCCAGCCCCAUUCUCACGAGGCUCAGCAACUCAGAUAUGAUGGGCAACAAGAUUUCACUCAUGAUGUGGAGUCAUUCAGUCAGGUGUCGGCCAGCCGCCGGCAAGGUUUUGAGAAAACCACAGAAGAGAAAACGUCUCAGGAAACAGAAGCGCAUUUCCCCAGUGCACACUCAAACCCUCUGACUCAGUCACAUGUAAACAGCUCACAGACCCACGCUGCACUGUCAGACACUCACAUCAAUGGUAUUGUUAAGAUAAACGAGUCCGAGACAGUUGACACACCUAGUAAUACCUCUGACAUCAACAUGAAGAGCACUGACGAACAUGGUGACACACAUUCAAGUGAAGAAUGUGUAGCAGUGGGCAAGAUGGCCGAACUGCAUGUUUUACAUCUGAGCAAGGAAACCUCAGAGCAGGAGAAUGAACCGACCGCUCCUGAUUGUGGUGAAUAUGAGAAAAGCAAAAGUCACUCCAAGGUAAACCUUGGAGAAAAAGAUGCCAGUGAGAUUGCACAGCAGCCUGUAGGAAAGACCAGUUCGACAGAUGCAAGCCUCCUCCAUGAUGUUGGGUCUCAAGCAUCAGCCUUGUUUGUUUGCUCAGCCCUGUCAGAGAGCGGCAGCGCUGCAGAAACCUCUACGGCAAACACAGUAGCUAAUGAGGGAACAUCAGGACAUCAGGAAAAUAUGACAAAUAAAACAGAGAAUGUAGAAGGUGUCGAGCUGAUUCAAAAUAAACAGAAUUUGAAGGUGCCUGAUGGGAGUCCUGAGAGGGAUGCAGAAACUGGCAGCUCAAAGUGCAACGACAAGCCUUUGGCAAAAGAAACCCGAUUUGGUGACAGUGAUCAGUCGUCUCUGCUCAGCAACAAGAAGCACAGGUCCUGCUUUGAAUGGGCCGGUACGCAGAGAAAGAGAGUCAGCUCCAGGACUCAGUGUGAUGUUUCAGGUCUGCAUGGAUUUGUCCAGGCGUCAUCCAUGUCUGAGCUGAAUACAAGUGGGUCUGGUGUAUUUCCUGGACGUUCCUGCACCAGCACCAUACCCACCCUCCUCAAAGGCAAGCUAAACAAAGACCCCUCGGUAGUUAUCAGUGCAUCAGACCUGCUGAAGGCUUCCAGCAUCUCCGGGCCGACAGCAUCCUUCAAGAGAGACCAGCAGGGAGAGUGCAAGGCUAUCAGUGAAACCUUCAGGGAGGCAGCAGCACCAGACACGGAGAGCAGAGCUGCUCUGUCCACUGGUUCUUCUCCAGUCUCCACUUCCUCCAGUGCAGUCAGCAGACUGUCAUGGCAGACCACCAGUGGGUCCAGCAAAACUGCCAACCCAGUUCAGGGUUCAGGCUCUGACUGGUUUCCCCCCAGUUCCCAGGGGAGAGAGGAACAGUCUCUCAGAGCCCAGAUUUCUAGAAUCGAGCAGUUCCUCUGUGCAGAGAGGCUCCGCCUGCCCAAAAGGCCACGAACAGACAGCUAACCUGCAUGAAGCAUGUCAGUGUUGAAGGAUCCUGUCUGUAGUUCUGCAGGGUCUUUGUUGAGUGUUUGGUUGCACAGCAGGCAGCUCCCUCACAGCUUAGUCCUCACAUAUCAACAUACAUACGCUGCAGAUAUGAGGCAGGAAAAAGCAGCUGCUCUUGUCGACGUUCUAAAAGUUUAAUUUUUACAUUACAGGCACAUUUAAUACUGGCCGUCCUGUUCAGUUUGUUAUUGAUGGACUGCUGAGUUCAUUUCCAUUCAGCUUUGUUUUACUUGUGUAAAGAAGCUGAACUGUCUGGAGUCUGCUGGUGACCCGAACCAUCACCUGCUCUCACUGCUGUUCUGCAGACACUUCCAGCUUUUAUAGAGUGACCGCUCAUUUAUCAGCUAUUCUCUUGAUCAUAUUGUGAAUUUGGUAGACAGACGAGAGGAUUAUUUAAUAUUAUUUAAUUAUUUAAUACAUUUAAUAAAAAUGUCUUGUAAAACUUUUCUUUUAUUCAGCUCAUCAGUAAC